GCUGGCGGUGGCGCUGGGUGGCUGCGCCGGUCCCGGCGGUUUCGGGGCUCCAAGCCCGGAGCGCAGAGUCGUUCCCUGAGGCGGCGGCCAGGCUAUGAUCGCGGGUCCCCGGCGUCCCGCUCGGACCAACCAGAGUCCUUGUUUCAGCGUGCGCCUCUGGCCGAGCGGUCCCCUCCACACCGUCCCACCGCGCGUGUGGCAGCGGCGCUCCCGGCGCGCCCCCUCCUCUGAUGGCGGCGGAGAUCCAGCCCAAGCCGCUGACCCGCAAGCCGAUCCUGCUGCAGCGGGUCGAGGGGUCCCAGGAGGUGGUGAAUAUGGCCGUGAUCGUUCCCAAGGAGGAGGGCGUCAUCAGCGUCUCGGAGGACAGGACAGUUCGCGUAUGGUUAAAGAGAGAUAGUGGACAAUAUUGGCCAAGCAUAUAUCAUGUGAUGCCUUCUCCAUGUUCAUGCAUGUCUUUUAACCCGGAAACAAGAAGACUGUCCAUAGGUCUAGAAAAUGGUACAAUCUCAGAAUUUAUUUUAUCAGAAGAUUAUAACAAGAUGACUCCUGUGAAAAACUAUCAAGCACAUCAGAGCAGAGUGACGAUGAUCCUGUUUGUCCUGGAGCUGGAAUGGGUGCUGAGCACGGGACAAGACAAGCAAUUUGCCUGGCACUGCUCUGAGAGUGGGCAACGCCUGGGAGGUUAUCGCACCAGUGCUGUGGCCUCGGGCCUGCAAUUCGAUGUUGAAACCCGGCAUGUGUUUAUUGGUGACCAUUCAGGCCAAGUAACCAUCCUCAAACUGGAGCAAGAAAACUGCACCCUGGUCACAACAUUCAGAGGACAUACAGGUGGGGUGACUGCUCUCUGUUGGGACCCGGUCCAGCGAGUUUUGUUCUCCGGCAGCUCUGAUCACUCUGUAAUCAUGUGGGACAUCGGUGGGAGAAAAGGAACUGCCAUCGAGCUCCAAGGACACAAUGACAAAAUCCAGGCCCUCUCCUAUGCGCAGCACACGCGGCAGCUCAUCUCAUGUGGCAGUGACGGUGGCAUAGUCAUCUGGAACAUGGAUGUGGAGAGGCAGGAGACCCCUGAAUGGUUGGACAGUGAUUCCUGCCAAAAGUGUGAUCAGCCUUUCUUCUGGAACUUCAAGCAAAUGUGGGACAGUAGGAAAAUUGGCCUGAGACAGCACCACUGCCGCAAGUGCGGGAAGGCCGUCUGCGGCAAGUGCAGCUCCAAACGUUCCUCCAUCCCCCUGAUGGGCUUCGAGUUUGAAGUGAGGGUCUGUGACAGCUGCCACGAGGCCAUCACAGAUGAAGAACGAGCGCCCACGGCCACUUUCCACGACAGUAAACACAACAUUGUGCACGUGCAUUUCGAUGCAACCCGGGGAUGGCUACUGACUUCGGGAACUGACAAGGUUAUUAAGUUGUGGGAUAUGACCCCAGUAGUAUCUUGAUGACACUCCCAGGCAUCUGAAAGAUAGUAUUUACUCAAGAAAUGAUUCUUCUAAUCCAAAUCGUUCCUGGAGCUGUAAAGCAGACGUGUGAGAAGAGAGAAACUAAAGGAACUAGCUGAGUUUGCGUAUUACCUGCGCACAGUGGGGAGCCAGUGAAUGAACACGUGGAGGGGACUCUUUCACCUUGUUCAUACAAUAUAAAAGAAGAUAUUUUUUUAACAAAUGGUUUGUACAAUCUGGCUUGCUGCAUUGUUUGAGUAUACUGUAAACUCUGUGGAGUGCUUAAUUUUUAUAUUUUCAAUACUUCAUUUUAGUUGUUGCUUUGUGUGUCGGAAAAAUGAGGGAAAUGUCUGUUCAGGGUAUUUUUGGUCAUUUUAAAGCAGUUUCCAUGUUUUCUUCACUUGGGCACGGAUCACGUGGUCAGCAUCUUUUUCUUCUCUAUGUAUCUACUCUCACCUUCAUCUGCUUUUCACCAGAGUGUAUGUAUUUACCCUGCUUAUAAACAGUGUUUCUGUUUUCCUUGAAAUCCUCUUCAGUUGAGCGAUUUGGAAAACCAUUCAUGUGGAUUUACCAACUGACUUCUUGAAUCACCUGCAGAACGAUGUGUAAUGUCUAACUUACUCAUGUUCUUACAUUGAGUAGACAUGGCCUGGUGUUUCUGCCUCCGUUUUCUCUGUCUUUCCCACAUUAAAAACGCCGUGAGAAAGCUGUUCCCAGCCAUUGUCAUCAUGGGAGUAGAUGGUUAUAACUCAGAGCUUCAAGUAUCAGUGCCUGGAUCGUUUCUAAUUCAGUUGGAGCCUUCUGAGCCUUUCGUGUUUUAGUUUUAUUGGCAUAGCUCUCCCUCACUUGUAUUAAAAACAAACAAAAUCCUAUGUCCUUAAAAAAAAAAAAAGGGUGUCUUUAAGCUAUGUUUUUGUGUGUGACAUCACCUCUGAACUUGACCAUGUUCAUUAUGUGAAGUUGAAUCCUGUUCUCUUCCUCACCAUCUGUAUUUUCUCCCCCUUUAACAACUAGAACACUUUGCGCAGUUAUACUAAAACUGUGUGGUCUGAGACAUAAAAGGUACUGAAUCUUACAGCUCAUGAUGUCUUCCUGUUGGAAAUGUAAAAAGGGGCUUUUGAAAAUCAGUCUGAAGAACUCUGAUUUUAAGGGAAUCCAAUCAAAUUUGAUAAAAGUGAAAUAUUCUGUGUUUUAGUGACUCAACUCAAGAUAUUGAAUUCCUUUUUUUUUUUUUUUUUCUUAUUUUCACCUAUAAAAAUAGAAUUUAAAUGAGUGGGCAAGCAUGCGCUAUGUGCCUGCCCCAUUCUAAGCACGUUACAUGGUAUCACCUCAUUCAACCCUCACCUGUUGGGGGGUUUUGUGGGAAUCACUAAGUCUCUUGGGGAUUACUACCAGGUUAAAUAAAACUUUCAGGUAAACAGACCAAUUGCUUGCCCAUUCUCUCCAAGUCCUACCUCCACAGUCUCCUGUUCACUUCUGAUUUGACAAUUUUUUAGUGGUAGUAUUUUAAAUCCUCCUGAUUUUUUUUCUCUUUUACUGGAAAGCAAAUUUUUCACUCGUGAUCAUUAAUUACUUUUCUUUCUAACCAAAACAACUCCUACCAACCAAACUUCGGUACCACCCCCAAUACUGACCUAGCGUGCUUCCUGGAGUGACCGCUGCAGCAUUGAUGCUCCCCCGGCAGCCACGGGGCACGACAGUCAUCAGACCAGCCCACGUGACCAAACUCUAAGCUCAGAUGCACGCGUGUGUGUGCACAGAAAUGAUUACCAGUUGUCCCUUCACUGGCCCCUUCCACAUUACCCUUGCUUGCUAUCAAGCUGUUAAAGUCAGAGUCUUUACUGCAUGAUUGCUCUGUGAGAGAGCUUUAAAAAGGGAAUUAAAUUAAAAAUAUCCAGGUGUCUGUUUUGUAAUUUAUUACUAGAACCUGCAGCCAUUACUAAGUUGUACAUAAUGAAGAACAAAUGUUGGAAAUGAAUAAUAGGGAUGGAUCGCUCUGUUUUCCAGCUUUUGGGACAUGCAGAGAGGAAGACACAGUGUUAGAAAGGCAGUAGGUCAGGCACCCAGCAUGCCUGGCAUGGAUCUGAGUCAGGUCUGGAUGAGCUCACACCCCAUUGGGAAGGUGAUUGUCCCUUUGGGAUCACAUGUGCACCCCGGUGGCUCUGUCUGUGACCCUGCACGUCACUAUAGCCAUCUCCCUCCCAGCAUGGCUGUACCCCAGCCCAUAGAGCCACUCGGAGACUGAAACCACUUGGCACUUCAUUGGUGAGGAGAGUCGCAAUCACAAACCACAGCUAUGUCAAGACAUCCAUUGCUCUGCCCUUCUCUUUCUCCUCAAGUAAAUGGGUGCUUGAAUUUGUAUGUUUGUAAUACUGUGAAUUAUGUUGAAUCUCCACUGUUUUUGUAACUCAGAGAUCUAUGUGCUGGUGUUGGGUGUCUUCCAAGCAUUUUAUGGAAAUGGAGGCUUCAUUCACAAGGGAGGAAGCUGGCACCCGCACUUGCCUUUCCUCCUGUCUAGGUGAACUGUCAUAGUUCUUGCUUUGCCCUAUUGGAUUUGCACUUUUCAUACAUUUUUCUGUAUUACUUCAACACACAACAGCUCUGGCAAGUAAUGCCUAGCAUGGCUAUGUUGGGAAAGUGGCAGAACUGCACAUAGUUCUUUCUUUGGUAGGAUAAAACCAAUCACGUGCUUUCGGUUUCUCCAAAGAAAUGAUAUUACUGGAACCUUUAACUGCCUGUAUGUCUCCACAGUAGCAAAGGUGGUUUUACAUUAAGCCCUUGAAGUUGUGUGUCUUUUAUAUGAGGUCAGUCAACCAUGAUAUAUUUGUUUGAAUUAUUCAAAGAAUCAUAAAAUCAUAAAACUGGAAUGGAUCUUCAGAGAUCUAGAAUGUUCCAUGCACAAAGCACUAGUUCUACCAGGCAGUUAGACUAGCUGAGGUGUAAACAAGAGAAUCUAAAAGAAGGAUUUUCAAGCAACAAAUGCUUUUGAACAUUACCUGGUAAUGGCACGAUCAAGGGGAGUGACUUCAGUGCCUUGAGACAGGGUGCCUCAGGAACCAGGUUUGUUCCUUAUCGAGCAAAUCUGACACUUCUUAUGCCCCCGGCCCUGUGGUUAUGAGUGGGGCGUACCAUGUAGUGAGGCAAUUAUUGCAGGUCUUCAUCAGUAUAAACUUGCCUGCACUUUCCCCACAGACCACACAGUGGCAAUACUUAAGUGGGAAUCCGGGGGCAUUGUAAGUGCACCUCUACCCCAUUUGUCUGAAGACUCUUAACAGGUUGGCCUUGAGUGAGUUGCUGGGCCUACAGCAUUUGCCCUUCCUAUGGAACAUUACGUGUUUUGAGAUUAAUUUUUUAAAAGCAUAAUUUAUUUUUGCUUAACAUUAAUCUAUUUUUAAAGCCUGAAUUUUGACUUUUAAGCAAAGAGAUAUCUCUAAACUAUGUAUCAAAGUUACUGAAUAUAAAUAUUCAUUAAAUGACACUCUUGGUUUUGCCUUUUCAUAUAAUUUAUUGUAUAAAGACCUUGUUCACUAAAAUUUACAUUUUAAAGUGAAAGGAAGCAUUUUGCUAAGUUAAAUAAUGCUAAGUUAAAUUUUUCCUGAUGUGAAAGCAUGGAUAUCUAGCAAUUUGAUUGCAAAACACAGAAAUUAAGUUCCUUUUUAACACUCAGUUAUCUGGAUAAUCCUUGAGAUUCCAGUCCAUUUCGACCAACCAUUUGGUGAGUGCUCACUCUAUGCCAGGCUUUGAACUAGGCCUGGGAUGACCAGAUCCAUUUCCAGGCCAGGGCAGAGGCCACACAGAUGUGAAGAUGGGUCAUUUCAGUACAGGGUGGGUGGGGCCAGAGGGACUUCGCUGAGGAAAGUCUUUGCUGAUCUGAGAGCGAGCAGAAGGGUGAGUUGAGGGAGGAAAUGACUUUCCAGGCUGCAGAAACAAAGGCCCAUGAUCUGGCAUCAGCCUGCUGCAUCGGCUGCAGGUGGUUUGCAGUUGCCAGAGAAGAUCAAGUUCUGGGCUGCAGUCCUGGAGCCUGAGCUCUCCUCACUUUGAGGCACAGAUGCUCAUGACUGCAGAGAGGGAGGCAGCACAUAGUUGGCCUUGAGGCGUUUGUUUACUUGGAGGCUCAUCAGUUUUAGAGUCAAGGUUUUCCUGCCGUCCAGGCUAGUAUCAGAGUUUCUUCUUCUUUGGAAAUGCCUCGAAUGUUAUCUUAAAAAGACCCAUGGUAACUAAUUUCUGAACUUUCUGGGUACACAGCCCCUCACUGGAGGCAUUGAGGUGGAUAGAGCUGGAGACCACACAUGCAUGGACAUGGCCUGGAGGAAUCUAAUGGCACAAUUACGUAAGUGGGCUGAGCUAGCUUCUCCCCUUUGCAAAAGGAACGACCUUGACCUGAGCAGGAGGAGAGUGUUCUAGGCAGCUGGCAUCACACUAAUACGCAGAGCCAAGCCGUUUGGUACAGAAGCAGCGUCGUCUCAGUGCCGUGUGGCAGAUGUGAUAACUCCGCAUCGCCUGGCCCUCUCCAAGCGAAGGGAACCUUUUCCUCAAUUAGUGACGGUGAAGGGGCUCAGCCCAGGCAGGGGCACGCCCCGCCUCUCACCGUGGGGCUUGGCACUUCCUAGUUCUGCUGUUCCAUCCAUGUGCCUUUGUCCUUCAGAACCCAAGUAUCGUAUGUCCAUAACUUAGUUUCAAAACAUCCAUGUUCAUAUUUAAACUUUAACUUAACUUUACAACCAUGUAUUAUCUACUACCGAUUGAGGGGUUUUAAUUUUGUCUUUAAACAUUGUCCUUCCCACUGAGAAGCAUAUUUAGGCCUAACACACCAAAGAAAUAUCUACAAAUUAGAUCUGUCCAAAAUUGGAAUGGGAUCCCUCCUUUGCGUUUCCCAUGCCAGGGAAUGGAAACCGUAUGGCCCCUUGUCAGUGAUGUGGGAAGGAGAUUACGCCUAGAAUAAGGGUCGAAUUUGAUGAUUGUUCUUAGGAACCCUCCCAGUCCCAAGAUCCUGUGAUUCCAUGAAUGUUACCAUAUUUAUUAUUGAACUGACCUAGACUUUUAUCAGUGGCCGAACCUCACGCGGCUGACUUAACUCAGAUAAAUGGGAGCAUAUUGCAACACCUUUGUCUUCUGUUCUGCCUUCAAAUGUUCACGUUUAUGAGUCAAAAGUGUACCUGACUUUCUUGGAAGAGAAAGUGUCAGGGAACUACAGGUUGGUUUAAAAGGUUAAAUUUAGCAUCUGACCUUGAUAUUCAUGAUUCUUUCCUCCUCCCCUUUCCCCCCCUUGGUUCUCUGGGAAGCACGAGAGGGAGAACUGUACCAUAAAAAGGGAAAUGGUUUGAAAAAAGUGUUUCACUUACAUACACUUUUUUCCCCGUUUAAAUGGAUGACAACCUUAUGUCAGUAGCAUACACCAAUAUGAAGUAUGGACCAAAAUACUGUGUCAUUGGUAACCAUUGUACUCUCAUAUAUAUUGUGUUUUAUGCCACUUGCCUUGCUUUUAAAUGACUUUUUUUUUUUCAAUGUACUGUUUUGUGAAAGAAAAUCCAUGAAAAGUAAGACUGUUAUUAACUGGACAACAGGGAAGGUGCUAGCCCCACCUCAUGCCUGUCGACCACUGUGGCCAUAACCAGGGGCGUGGACAUUUCUCCUCUGCACGCCCAGCCGUCUGUGGCCACGCCAGAGCCUGGCUGCAGCGGGCAUGUUACUUGAGGAUAUUUUUUUCUUUUUGAAGUGAGAUUCUUCUCCAAGGGAUCCAGCUGAAGAUGUAAAAAGCCUGAAGAUAGAACAAGUUUCUCAAGUGUGGUUUCUGUCACUGAUUCCACCAACCAAACCAAGCAGCCUUGACAUUGACUUCCUGAAUGUGAUCACGUGGGACUGAGCAGGGAUUCCCUACAGUGUUAAAAUGUCUAUUCAGUUCUACUUCAGAUGCUGCUGAAUGUUGGGAAUGUUUCUAAACUCUGCUCACUCUCCCACUGUGCUUCCCUCCAACUGAACUGUACGUGUAGCCAUUACCAAUGUACGUUAGCAACGCAAAGUCGCCUCCAUGGUUUAAAAUAAAUAUCUGUGGAAAUUA